CUGUCUUCACAGCAGCUCUUUCCUCCUUUAUUUCCACCCCGGUCUUACGUGCGACACACACCACGUACCAUCCCAGGAUACAGGGACUCGCCAUACUGCUCGCCUACGCUAGCAAAGCGCCAACGCUUUCUUUUCCGUUCCCUCCUAGCCUCUCACUCACACGCACCUUUGAGCCACGCGUGCAGCUCUGCUUUUAAAUAGCACACUCCCCCUUACAAUUCAGAGCAAUGCAUAUUCCUUACAUGCUUCAGCGAGCAACGGCAGUGGCUGCAUCACUGGCAGUACUAUUACCAGGCAUGGCGUACGGGUCGCUGCAGAGCGCGGUCUCUGUUCGCAAGUUCGCCAACCCCUCGUUCGCGGGAGCCCUCAGCAACCUGCAGCUCAAGCGGCUAGCGCGCACCGCGACCAAGGAGCGGACGUGGCUGGAUAUCCAUAAGGGCGAGCUCCUGGCACCAGUGCUGGUCCCGCGCCAGGUGGGCUCGGCGGGGUACAGGGCCACGCAGGGCUUCAUCGUCGACACGCUGAGCACGCUCGGAUACGCAAUCUCCUGGGACAAUUUCACGGCAGCGACGCCCGAGGGCCAGGUCAAAAUGGCAAACAUCAUCGCGACGAAGAACCCGGCGGCGCAGCGGCGGCUGGUGCUCUCGGCGCACUACGAAAGCAAGGUGAUUGCAGGUGGCGAAUUCAUCGGAGCCACCGACUCGGCCGUGCCUGUGGCUCUGAUGCUCGAUGUUGCCCGCGGCCUGAGCGAUGCCAUUGACGAGUAUGACAGCGAUGAUGUCACCCUACAGCUGGUGUUUUUCGACGGCGAGGAGGCCUACCAUGAGUGGUCCGCUACUGACUCGCUGUACGGCUCGCGCCAUCUGGCAGAGUUCUGGGAGCAUAACCCAGAUCCUGCCACGGCUGCUAUUACCAAGAAUCUGGGUGAUCAUCGUCCUGAACUCGAUCGCGUUGAUCUGAUGGUGCUCAUGGACCUGAUGGGCGCACCCGACAACAUGUUUGCGGCCCUGCAGGUGCCAACCGCCAGUAUCUUCACGCAACUGGCCAAGCUGGAGGAGCGCCUGUACAAGGCAGGUGCCCUGGGCCGCACUUACAUGAACACGAGCAUUCCGCCUGGCGCAUAUAGUGUCGAUGACGACCACAGGCCGUUUAUUGAGCGCGACGUCCCAGUGCUGCACCUGAUCUCGGUGCCGUUCCCCAAGGCCUGGCACACUCUGGACGACAAUGCCGAUGCUCUGGACCAGGAUGUCAUCGAGGACCUGAGUGUCCUCAUGCGCUCUUUCGUGGCAAGCUACCUGCAGUUGCGGUUUUGACACUGAGGACAAGGCAGAGGCGCUGAGCUCAUCAGCAGCUGCAGAGGAGCAUGAACCGGUCCACGAGACCGUUGGUGCUGCGCCUGCCUUGUCCGACAUAUCCUUCUUUGUGUCUUUUCUGUUUGUGGCAAUGAUGUGCGUCAUGGUGUAUGUGCUGCUGGCUGUGUGCUUUAGAUGGUAAGAAGACCAGCUCUUCUAUCGAGUCACAAUAUAUUGCUUGUAUUUGUCA